AUGGAGUUCGCAGCCAAGCGCUUGGAAUGCCAAGAUGCGCAGCAGCGAGAGCAGCUGGAAAGAAUGACUGCAGCUGAAAUCCGAGUUCUCACCACUUUCGCCCAUCCCAACAUCAUCGCUCUCUUGGGACAUUGCUCUCACAGAGAUGGUGCAAUCUUGGUGUAUGAGUUUCAGCCGGAGGGAAGCCUAGACCAACACUUGAUUAAGGAUGAGAAAGCCCGCCAGCUCACCUGGGGCCGGAGGAGUAGCAUUGUCUCUGGUUUGCUGGCAGCUGUCAGCUAUUUGCAUCAUCACAAUCCAGAAGGGCCGUGCUAUCAUCGUGACAUCAAGCCUGGAAACAUCAUGUUGACUGCCUCCUUAUCCCCAAAGUUGGGGGACUGUGGUUUGUCACGCUUUUUGCCUCGAGAUCGACCAGGGCAAAGCAGGAUGACGAUGCAACUCACUCAAGGAGCUGGCCCUGCAGGGACGCCAGGCUUCAUGUGUAAAAGGUAUGUGGAGACGGGCAAAUUCAACGACAAGUCCGAGGUCUAUUCGAUCGGUAUCACAAUCCUGCAAAUCAUCGAAAUUGCCCGGCGCCCUGAUCCUCGCGUGCCGGCUAAUGGGCCUGAUUUGGAGACCUUGAAGAAGCUCUCAGCCAUGGCAGCUGCUAGUGUACAGCGCUUCUCCAAGAGGAUCCAGGUCAUGCCUUUGCUCCGGCAAGCGCGCGAGGCGGCCUCCACGCUCUCCACUUCGGAAGUUCCGGCGCUGAAGUCCGAGGUCGAACGGAUGGCGGCCGAGCUGCGGCGCUUGAGGCUGGCAGAGGAGAAAGCCGCAGAGCUGGCGGCGGCGCUGACGAAGAGAUGUGAACUUUGCUUUGAUGAAGUCUCUGUAGAGCAAGUUGGCAGUUUAAUGUGUCCAAACGAGCAUUUGAUUUGCUCAGAUUGUAGCCCAGACAUGGUUCGUAAUUUUCUGGAGCGGAUCGGCGCCAGCGACACAAUGUUGGACGAUCACAGCAGCCGGGGCGGCUUGAUUCCGUGCGUGCGACACAACCCAGCCUUCCAACCACAGUGCAGCAGACACUACACCGACCAGUCCCUGGCCAGAGCUCUGCCCGACGAGAUCUUCGUUGGAUACAGAGCAGCACAGGAUGAUGUCACCGAAAACAGGAUUUGGCACCAACACAACCAGAGGUUUCAAGAAGAGGUCUCACGGAUGCAGCGGCAAUUGGAGGGCGAGCAGGCGACGAAACGGGAGGAAGCGGCUUCAACUGAAUUCUUGAGGCGUCAGUACCCCAAUGCCAAGAUGUGUCCGCGCUGUCGUUGUGGACCUGUGAUCAAUGAGAAUUGCUUCGACCUUCAAAGCCAUCACAACGAAGCGUCCGGCCGCAGCCGAAUCAACAAUUCCUGCCAGCAAUGCGGCUUCUUCACCCGCGACUGGAAUCAAUGGCUGCCCUGGGAUGGCGUGUUGCGCCGUGGAUACGUGGAUAGAGGAUGA